AAUUUCAAAACUCAAGAGAGGAUAAAUUGGGAUUUUGAGGUGCAGUGCAAAGAGACCCCAUAUAUAAAUUUUUCAAUGCUAUUCAAUAUUAUCUGAUGAAAUUCACUUUAUUUUUUCAAGAAUGAACAACCUUAGACUUGACAAAACCUCAACACCCAACCCCUUCUUGUCAAUUUCAUCUCUACACCAUUCAAGAAUCUCAAAAUCCCUUUGUUUACCCAGAAAAGUUCUUGUUUUUGCUGACAAAAAUGAUAAUUCAACCUCAAUAACUAGUGGGUUUUUGUCAAAAACUCAUUUUUCCUCCAAAAAAGUUAUUGUUUUUGCUGAUAAAGAUGACAAUUCAAGUUCAAUAGCAAGUGGGGUUUUGUCAAGAACUAAUUUUUACCCCAAAAAAGUUGCUGUUUUUGCCUCUAAAGAUGAUAAUUUAAGCUCAAUAACAAGUGAGGUUUUGUCAAGAACUGUUUUUUUCUCCAGAAAGACUAAGAAAUUUGCUGUUUUUGCUUCUAAAGAUGAUAGGAAUAGUAAUAAGCUUGACCAGUGGGACCAAAUGGAACUCAAGUUUGGCAGAUUAAUUGGUGAAGACCCAAAAUUGACCUUAGCUAAGAUAAUUAGUAGGAAAACAAACCCGGAGACAUCUUAUCUUGAAAUUGAAGAAUCAUUUGACCAGAAGAAGGGAAAAACGUCCGGUGAAAUUGUGGAGGUUCCAUUUGAUGCAUCCAAGCAAAAGAAAUCUCUCAAUUCAUCAAAUGGAUUAAAUUUGGUUCGCCCUGUGCCCAAGAAGGGUGUUAAGUUCGAGGUUGAUGAAAAACCACCAAAAACUGAGGGUUAUAAACAAAGCCAACCAAUUUCAAGACCUGAAGUAAGUAGAAAAAGUAGUGUUCCAAAUGUCAUAUUGCGAAAACCAAGUUUGUAUUCUGAGGAGGAUGAAUCAUCAAAAUUCAAAAUUAAGCCAAACUUGACACUGAAAAUGGGCAAAGAACUGAAACCUGAGAAGUUUAGUGAUGUUACAUUGUUGAAGAAGCCGGAACCAAUGAGGAUCAGCUCCGACGAUAGUGAAAAGAAUGGACAAUCAAGUGAUAAGCCUAGUGAUGCUACAUUGUUGAAGAAGCUGGAACCAAUGAGGAUCAGCUCCGACAAUAGUGAAAAGAAUGGACAAUCAAGUGAUAAGUCUAGUGAUGCUACAUUGUUGAAGAAGCCGGAGCCAAUGAGAAUCAACUCUGGCAAUAGUGAAAAGAAUGGACAAUCAAGCGAUGUCUUGCCUGUAUCUAGUGAUGACUCCGUAGAUGCUAGUCUUACAGAGGUGUAUGCAUCAACUAGUGAACCCAAAAACAGCUUGUUUCUAAAUAAGCCAGAGCCUAGUAAUUUAAAUCUAAAGAUAGAUCCAAAUCAAGAAUCUUCCGAGGCUCAGCAUCCUAGUAUUUCGGAUGAAAGUACUUUGAAUGCUGCUAACUCUUCUUCUGAGCUUAUAAGUAUGGCAGAGAAUAAACUCCGCCAACCGUUACAAUCUAGCAGAAGCAAUCCUCUUGAGAAGCAAGGCUUUGGUACAGGAUUCCAGCAGACUGAUACACAGCCUGCUGAGAGAAGUUCUGAUUCCAAUACACCUUCUAAGACUGGACCCAUGGAAUCUUUGGAUGCUGCUCUUCGUGGAAAACCGAAAAGAUUAGACCAACCUAAAAAGGAAGCAUCAAGUGUUAGUAAGGAGGAUAUGCGCCCUGUCAAAUCUGAGGGCUAUGGAAAUGCUUCAGAGAUUGAAAACUUCCUGGCAAAAUCAUCCACUAAGGAACAUGAAGAUAAUGACUGGGUAAGAGCUGAAGAGCUUGUUAAGAGUGGGGGAAGAGAGGAUGUGGAACUAGUCAGCUGUAGCACCAGAGGCUUUGUUGUAUCUUUUGGUUCCUUGAUAGGAUUUUUGCCAUAUCGCAAUCUUGCAGCCAGGUGGAAAUUCUUAGCUUUUGAAUCUUGGUUGAGGCAAAAAGGCUUGGAUCCAUCCCAGUACAAGCAAGGUCUGGGGAUCAUUGGAGGCUAUGAUGGUUUUGGCAAGGCAGCUUCUCCUGAGGCAGGAGUAGAUCCGCAAAUUGCUAAAAAUGCCGAUGAGGAGAUCUCGCCAGAUAUGAAACUUGAAGAUCUUCUCAGGAUUUAUGACCAAGAGAAACUCAAGUUCUUAUCAUCAUUUGUUGGUCUGAGGAUCAGAGUAAGUGUGGUGUUGGCUGACAGAUAUUCCAGAAGGCUAAUAUUCUCGAUAAAGGCAAAAGAAAAGGAAGAAUUGGUCGAGAAGAAGAGGAGCCUUAUGGCAAAACUUCAGGUUGGGGACGUGGUAAAAUGUUGCAUACAAAAAAUUACCUAUUUCGGUAUAUUUGUCGAGGUUGAAGGAGUACUUGCGCUAAUUCACCAGACAGAAGUCUCAUGGGAUGCCACUUUAGACCCUGCGUCAUAUUUUAAAAUUGGCCAGAUUGUGGAGGCAAAAGUUCACCAGUUAGACUUUUCACUUGAGCGCAUCUUCUUGUCGUUGAAGGAAAUAACGCCAGAUCCCAUGAUGGAGGCCUUGGAGGCUGUAGUUGGUGAUCAUGAUAAUUUGAAUGGAGAACUCCAAGCAUCAGAGCUGGAUACUGAGUGGCCUGACGUGGAGUCUCUUAUCAAAGAAUUACAGCAGUUCGAGGGUAUUUCCUUUGUAUCAAAAGGGAGGUACUUCUUGAGUCCUGGUUUGGCUCCAACAUUUCAGGUUUAUAUGGCAUCCAUGUUUGAGAAUCAAUACAAGUUACUUGCUCGGUCGGGAAAUAGAGUACAAGAGGUGAUAGUGGAAACAUCAUUGAGUAAAGAGGAAAUGAAAUCUGCAAUUCAAUCUUGUACAAACAAAGUUGAAUAACCAAUCAAAACGUAAUAAUAAAUAAUACGAAGAGAGUGACCGUGGAGACAACGAACGGAUGGUAAGAGUCUGAUACCGAAUUAGCAGAGUCGGAAGUUAUAGCAGCAGAAACGGAGAAAAGAAAUGACCUAAACCGCGUUCUAUUUUGAACGAAAAUGGUAUUAAUUUUAUUGUUUUGCCUUUGAUAUCAAUAAGUUAGGAGCUUAUUUACUUGCUAGUAAGUGUUUUAUGUUUAAGCAUCGAUGUAAUACGCUUAAACAUCAAUCGAUUACGCUUCAAUAUCAAAUGAGUUGUGGUCGACUAUAUGAA